AUGAACCAAGGCGGCGCCAACUCUCUGCACGUAGUUGGAGAACCGACCUUUGAGGGUCUUGCCCGCUACAUUGAACGGAACAACGUGACAAAGAUUCUCGUCAUGGCUGGCGCCGGCAUAAGUGUCGCGGCGGGGAUCCCCGACUUCCGUAGUCCCCACACGGGCAUCUACGCAAAUCUUGGGAAGUACAACCUCAACUCCCCGGCCGAUGCAUUCUCGCUGACGCUCUUGCGAGAGCGUCCAGAUGUCUUCUACAGUAUUGUGCGCGAGAUGGACCUCUGGCCUGGCCAUUUCUGGCCAACUGCUGUGCACUAUUUUGUCAAGCUGCUAGCUGAUGAGGGACGACUGCUGCGAUGCUGCACACAAAACAUUGACGGCUUGGAACGGGCCUCUGGGCUGCCCAAGUCCCUGCUGGUGGAGGCGCAUGGGUCCUUUUCAACCGCCUCCUGUAUUGGGUGUCGUUCUCCGUACGACAUUGACUUAGUGAGCCACGAGUGCCGGGAGGGCAAGGUGCCCCAUUGCGACAAGUGUGGUGACGUGGUGAAGCCGGACGUUGUCUUUUUUGGCGAAAGCCUCCCCGAUGCGUUUUUUGACCUUUUCCAAGACUUACCGCAGGUGGAGCUGCUGCUCGUCAUGGGAACCUCGCUCCAGGUUCACCCCUUUGCGGACCUGGCGGUUGGGGUGCGGCCCGAUGUGCCGCGGGUGCUGUUCAACUUGGAGCGCGUCGGUGAACUCAUGUUUCGCUUCCCCACGGACGAGCCGUGCCCGCAGCCGCCAAGCAGAAGCCCCAGCGGCUGCAGCCACUGCAGCAGUAGUAGCGAAGGCUACGGACAGUACGCCCACCACGUCGCGGACCCCGGAGGGAUUUGUCGUGAUAUAUUUUUCCCCGGCGACUGCCAGGAGACAGUGCGGCGCCUGGCGGAGGCGAUGGGGCUUGGCGAGCGGCUGGCGGCGGCCGUGCAGGAGGGCGAGAGGAAGCGUGAGAGUUACGUUGCCCCGUAA